AUGAAGUCCAUCAUGAAGGAGCGAGGAGAGCCUAUGACUUGGGAGGCCUUCAGGGGGAAGUUCCUCUCGGAAUACUUCCCUGACAGUGUGAGAUUUGCCAAGGAGGUGGAAUUCUUCCAACUGACCCAAGGAGGAAAAUCUGUGACAGACUAUGCUAAGAAGUUCAAGCAUCUCAUCCGUUUCUACACCUUGCCACUCGAUGAAGAGUGGAGAUGCCAUAAGUUUAAGAAUGACCUCCGUGGCGACAUCCGCUUGAUGGUAGCCCGUCUAUCCAUUAAGGACUUUGCUGCACUGGUGGAGAAAGCACGAGUGAUGGAGAAGAUGAAGAAUGAGGUGGAAGGUCAGCGUCCACAACAGCCACAAAGGAUAGGUGGACUAUCUGGGUCCACGCCCAGACAUGAGGAGCGGAGGAGACCAUAUGACAGACCUCACCAUCAGCCUCAGGAGUCUAGGAACUUUUCCCCUCAACAGGGUCGGGGCCACUUUGGGAAAAACUGCCCCAACCUUUCUAGGGCAGCGAUACGCCCUCCAAUUCAGACUACCUACCAGCACCAGCAGAGGAAUAGAGGCAACAUGCCUCAGGCGACAGGCAGAGUGUAUGCCAUGACCGGAGCGGAGGCUGCUAGCUAA